AUGGAAAUUCUUGAAAAUUGUGACGGCUUACCACUUGCAAUUAAAUUGAUUGGUGGAGGGCUCUUGAGCACAAGACACCCAAGUGAGCGUGAGUGGAAAGCUAUUUUGAACAUGCCUGCAUGGUCACUCACUGGACUGCCUCUAGAUCUAGACAACCGGUUGUACUUGAGGUACGAGGAUUUGUCUCCCCAGUUAAAGCAGUGCUUUCUAUAUUGCUCGAUGUUCCCUAAAGGUGUACCAAUCUUACAAGAUGAAGUUACUGAAAUGUGGAUCAGUGAAGGCCUUAUUCAACCACCAGAUAAAAGAAGUACCAGUUCACAUGAGUAUGAUUUGGAAGACAAAGCAACUGAGUAUUACCAAGAGUUAAUAAAGAGAAAUCUUAUAGAACCUAUAGAAGGAUAUUAUCUCACUGGAUUCAGAUGCACCAUGCAUGAUGUGGUCCGAUCCUUUGCUGAAUAUUUGGCAAGAGAAGAAUCAGUGAUGGUUGGCCAAGAGCAGGCUAAUACCGGCGGUGGUGGGGUGCUUGUGCGUCGCUUGUCAGUAGGACAAACCGUACUAGUGGUGGAAUGGGCUGUUUUGCAAAGGCACGAGUCACUUAGAACAUUAAUUGUGAACUCUAGGGUAAACUUUCAUCCUGGUGAUUCAGUGGGUAGUUUCUCCGGUCUACGUGUGAUGUACAUACUGUCCGCCAAUUCUGAUACACUAGUUCCCUCUCUAUCUAGGUUAAAGCACUUGAGAUACCUUCACCUAGAAGAUACUGAUAUAUCUAGGCUACCAGAUGACAUCCACAAGAUGAAAUUUCUACUGUACAUUUCACUUGUUGACUGUAAGAGCCUAUGCUAUCUUCCUGGCAGCAUCACAAAACUUGUGCAUCUAAGGUCUCUUAACAUCGAUGGAUCAAAUGUUAGUGUAGUUCCUAAGGGGUUCGGUGAGUUAACAAAUCUGAGGUCACUUUAUGGCUUCCCAGUACACGUGGAUAUGGAUGCAAGCAGUAGCUGGUGCAGUUUGCAAGAGCUGGAGCCUCUCUCUCAGCUUAAGGAUCUUACAUUACAUGGCCUAGAGAAGGUGCAAGACAGCCGAAUGGCUGAAAUGGCCAUGAUUAGCAGCAAACACCACCUUAGGGAACUACAGUUGGACAUACUUUGGGGACAGUUUGGAAAUGCUGGAAAUCACGGAUGCACCGGCCAUCAAGUGUAUUGGCCCCAAUUCCAAGCGUCAUCCACCAUGGCAGCUACAGUUACCGCUACUAGCACAUCAGCACCAUUUCCUAAAUUGAGACGGCUGUAUCUGAAUGGGCUACCUGAGUGCGAGGAGUGGGAAUGGAAUGACUGUGAGGAGCAUAGUGAUGUGGAAACUGCCAUAGCCAUGCCUUGCCUUGAGAAACUCCAAAUCGAUAACUGCAAGCUGAGCUGUCUUCCACCGGGCCUUGCCAGCAGCAAGAGGCAUGCUCUUAGAGAACUAAACCUGUACGAGCUCACCAACCUGACACAUGUGGAGAACUUCCCUUCAGUUGUGGAACUUGACGUGUUUGACUGCCCUGAGCUCAAGAGGAUCAACGGCCUCCCCAUGUUGCAGAAGAUUAGGAUCGUUCGCUGCACAAAGCUGGAGGUUCUAGAAGGUGUCCCAGCACUCGACAGUCUUCGACUGGAGGACGCCACCAUGGACACGCUUCCGGAAUACCUGCGAGCCGUAAACCCAAGGUAUCUCGAGUUGGGUUGCAACCUGGAACUAUGCGAAUCCUCCUUAUCACCGGGUAGCUCUGAAUGGAACAAGAUCAGCCAUAUUGGAAAACGCAACAUUGGCUGGCUCGAAGAUUAA